UAAAAGAAAGGCAAGCAGGCGGGAAUGGCGGCGAUUCAAUGGACGUAUGAAACGAACGAUAGAGAGAACAUUGCUCUCCAAUCAAGCGUAAAUUGCUCUUCUUCUCCUCCAUCUGUAUAUAAACGUAAUUCAUUUCAAUUUAGAUCUCAGCUUUCAAUCGUCAAUUCCACAAACAAAUCGAAGAUUCGUAGCACGCAGUCGAGAGAAAUUGAAAAUGUCGUGGCAAUCAUAUGUGGAUGAUCAUUUGAUGUGUGAUAUCGAAGGUACUGGUCACCAUCUCAUCUCCGCAGCCAUCAUUGGUGCCGACGGUAGUGUUUGGGCUAAGAGCUCUGCUUUCCCCCAGUUGAAGCCUGAGGAGGUGACUGCUAUUGGGAAAGAUUUCGAUGAACCAGGUCACCUUGCUCCAACAGGUUUAUUCAUUGCGGGCACAAAGUACAUGGUGAUCCAGGGGGAGCCUGGAGCAGUCAUCCGUGGAAAGAAGGGAGCUGGAGGCAUAUGCAUCAAGAAAACUGGACAGGCAAUGGUGUUUGGGCUGUAUGAUGAGCCUGUGGCUCCUGGACAAUGCAACAAGGUUGUUGAGGGGCUUGGAGAUUAUCUCGUUGAACAAGGCCUCUAGAUCUUUGUUCACCUACUUUUUCCCUUGAAAAGAGUUAUUUCUUUUUGAUUAAUAGAUUUUGAGUCAAUCCCUUCAUUUUCAUUCAUCAUGUGACAUUUAUAAAUGUUAUGUGAUAAGGAAUAUAAUUUAUUUUAUUCUAAUUGCAAUCUACUUGUGUAGAAGGUGAUUGUUAUAUAAUAAGGAUGAUAAUAUGUAUAUCUAAUAAACCCCGAGGUCGGAGUUGUUUAAACUGUUGCGCAAAUCAUCAAAUGAAAUUCUUGGGAGAACUUUAGUAAAGAUGACAAGGCAUGUUCAUCUUGAGAAAGCAUGUGUAAUACCCAAACUUGUAUUUUGGCUACUUUUUUCUUGAACAAAGUGAAAGUAAAGUUCAAUA